AUGAGUACACAAAUUCAAAUAACCGAAGCCAAGCCUACCUCCCAGCAGGUCGAGCAGGCAUUAAUAAAUGUAGUCAAGGCAGGAAUCUAUUAUAGAAAGCCAAAGGAUGGCAAAUUCAUGCAAAGCUAUAAAGAAAGAGUCAUGAAAUUGCGUCAGGCAGAAGACCCUGAUAAAUUUAUCCUAGAAAAUGCAAAAAGAUUGUUCCCAACUAAGGAUAAGUAUCAUCAAAUCAUGGAUGACUACAAAUCUUGGUAUGGAAAAGAUCCAAAAAUUCUCAAUGCUGUUAUAGACCUAUAUAAGUUAUAUUAUAAAUUAGCUAAGGAUUAUUUCAAUACAGAAGAACUG